GGCGGCGAUAAAAGCCGGGGGGCGGAGCUUGCGGGUCGGCGACUAGAUUGAGCUGGAAUGGGAAAGAGAAAGGAAUGGGAGAAACUUUUGAAGGGCAGGCAAUUACUGAGAGCAGCUUGCUUCGAAAAGAAGAGUCCAAAUGAACUGAGUUUUUGCUUGUUUGUAAUAUAGAUGAUCUGCACAGUGUGUGCUAUUCAUGUAUUCAUUUUGAUUUAAAUUAAAUCAUUAUUCUUAAUUCUGGAGACGCCCAGCCUUGCUCCCACUCAGUGCUGUUUUGCUCCUUCUGCGGAAUACAAGAUGAUCGAAACAUUUGCCACAAGUGAAGCUCAAGAACUGCUGCAUCAGCUGAAUGUGUUACUGGAACAGGAGUUAAAAUGUCAGCCAAAGUUUUCUGGCCUAAGAAUAAUUGAAUCUGCUCAUGAUAACGGGCUUCGAAUGACUGCGAGAUUGAGAGACUUUGAAGUGAAGGACCUCCUUAGUUUAAUUCAGUUCUUUGGCUUUGGUACAGAGACAUUUUCUCUUGCUGUGAAUUUCUUGGACAGGUUUUUAUCAAAAAUGAAGGUGCAGCCGAAACACUUGGGAUGUGUUGGGCUAAGUUGCUUCUACCUGGCUGUGAAAGUGACCCAAGAAGAGAGAAAUGUUCCACUAGCCACAGACUUAAUCAGAAUCAGCCAGUAUCAAUUCACCAUUUCAGACCUCAUGAGGAUGGAGGCGAUUCUUCUGGAGAAGCUUUGUAGGAAAGUGAAGGCAACAACCGCCUUCCAUUUUCUGCAACUUUUCCAUUCAAUCCUACAUGGUAGCCUAAGUUGUGAAAGGAAAAGUUACCUUAAUUUAGAGAGACUGGAAGCCCAGCUGAAGGCAUGCCACUGCAGGCUUAUUCUUUCUAAAGCAAAGCCGUCGGUGUUGGCUCUUUCAAUAAUGGCCCUCAACGUUGAAGAAGAAAAGCUUCUGGAGCUGGUGGAAAUGAUAGAAAGCCUUCGAACAUAUUCCAAGCUAAGUGGCAGAGAGCUCUCACUUUGGAAGGAACUUGUCUCAAAAUGCCUCUCAGAGUAUUCCUCAAGCAAGUGCUCAAAACCAAAUGUUCAGAAGUUGAAGUGGAUAGUGUCUGGUCGCACAGCAAGGCAGCUAAAGCACAGCUACUAUAGAAUAGCCCAUCUUCCCACUAUCCCCGAAAGUGGUCUCUAAAAGACAGCUCUGAAGAAGAAAAGAUGCAUCACUGACCUCCAACGCGGGUACAACCUUGAGGGCUAAGAUCUUAUUUAAAGCAGACUGUUUUGAAUGCCACUGACCAUAGUCACCACGUAUUGAGUGCCUUUGACUCAUAGGACUCUACUGCACAUUCACUGAUGAAGAAAAUGAAGAUGUACAGAAUGAUGCAUCAAUCUCAAACAUAGAUAUGGCAGCUAAUCCAGUGUUUCAUGCUAACCUACCACAAAUUUGUUUGGUUCAAAACAUUUCUGCUUUAUACAGCACUUUAUGAAUUAGUUACUGGCUCAAAAUGAAUAAGUGCAGUCCGACGCGGUAAUACAGAUUUUGACUUUUGCAAUAUAAAAUUGUGUGCAUAGUACAUUAGAGGUUAGAGCACUCCUAGCGCUCUGAGGCUUGCUUGUUUAGAUGUGGCCCACGGUAUUUUUAAAAAUUAUAUUGGAAGAAAGCAACAAAAAAAUAGACUUUAUCUGGAAUGCUAUAGCUGCUUGAAUCAAUGAUCCGCUAUAGAAGUUUGAAACUAUUAUUCAACUUCUAUGUCAGCAUUGAAUACGAAAGAGAAUCGAUACAUGUUCGCUAAAAUGAAAUGUUCAAUAUAUGUAGUGCAUUUGCACAGCACUAAGAUAUUACAUAAAGAAUGCUCGGGAUUAUUUUAAUAUGAGAAGACACAAUCACUUCCAAAUUCUAGCAAAGCACUCUUUGCAAGGACAAUUAUUUCUUUUAUAAAGAAACUAGACAAAAAUAAGCUUAGUUCAGAUUGUAGGACACACACCAGUUGAGAAUGUUGGCAACAUCUUAAAAUAGAAGCAGACAUACAAUCUGAGUUGGGAGAUGUAUAUUGGGGGGGGGGGGGGGGGAGAGAGAGAGAGAGGUUGGGUUGAGUUCAUUGAAAUCACUGGGUCAAAUUAGUUGUGAGGACUUCACUCUCAAUAAUUUCAGCAGGUCUUUUCUUGGGUUAUCUUAAUUAGGAUCUAAUCCUUGUUUGCAUGUGGCUAUAAUUAUCUCAAAGCCUUUGUAGCUGAAAGUGGAAGAGGCAAUAUUUUCCUAACACGUUUUUGUAAACAUGGUAGUGGUUUUUAGGCAGCAGUUUAGUGAUUGAUUUGUAGAAAGCCAUUAGGCGUAAAAAAUCAGCGAUUUUUUUAUCACUGAUUUUAGUACUGCACCUCAGAGAAAGUAUUAACUAAUGGAAUGCCAUUUUUCAGUUUAAAAUGUUCCUAGUUGAUAGUAAAUUGUAUGUGAAGGAAGUUCUACCAGAAAAUACUUUUUGAUGCUGAUGCAAAUGGAACAUAGCCAAGAUUUCUUCCUCCAUGGUGAACCAGCCCAUUUUUAACUCAGGUUGAAUGCUGAGCUGGGGAAGCUAGAGUUAGCUUUGUGGUUAUCUGAACAUUGACAACAGUACUGUAUUAACUUACCUGUGUUAUUCAGCACCGUGUAUUAAAAUGUGUAGUAUCAUCUCAGUUCUUGCAAUAGGCACUUUUCCCUGUUAUGCUAAAUCUGACCAGCUAAAAACCUCUGGAAAAAUUGUUACACCUCCAACACUUUAAGACUUUCUCAUUACUCUGUAACUGCAUUUCACUCAUGACUGAGGGCCCUUUCCCACUUUGUAAUUAUAGUGCUAUCAUCCACUUUAAGCACCAUGAUAGCCUAUGGAAUCCUGGGAUUUGCAAUUUAAGAAGGGGCAUUGAAAGGUUCACAGCUAGAGUUCCUCUGGUGCCUUCAACCAAAAAGCCCCAGGAUUCAAUAUGAUGCAUUACAAUUGUAUCUGCAUGGAAAGGCCCAGAGAUAUUAAGCAGAAUUACUGUAAUAUUUACAAAUAAACAGAUGUAAGGACUCUUUCUUCAUCCAGGUGUAAUCCAGGAUGCCUUCACACAUCUACCUCAUUACAGCCUGCUUGUUAAAACAAACUGGCAGGAUGUUUCCUGCAGCUACUUUGGAUUUGUAAGUGACCACACUUGUUAAAACUUCCUCUUGUGCCUUUGCCAUCUGUACAUACUAGAUUGGGAGAGAAUGAGAAUGCAAAAGGAAGCAUUCAGUGUGAAAGAAAAAGUGUUGUAAUUAUAAAAAGUGUCAUUGUAUUUUGUAAGCAGCAAGUGCACCUUUCAAUAAAACCUUGAAAUUAAAUUGUA